AUGUUCCGCCCGGAAGCUGAGACGGCCGCUUCGUCCGGGGACGAUUCGAGAACGACACGUCCCGAGGCCCUUCAGCAGGCCGUCCAAGACUUGGGUAUAUCACACGAUCAGGUUACACGGCUCGAGGACUUCAUCAAAAGACUCCUUGACGAAGAAGCGGCAGGCAGGGGACAGUGCCACAUCGAACGCAUCAUAGCAAAGUACCACGCCGAGUGGGAAGCCUGGCAAGAGAACCCGCUCGAGGAGAUGCAGGCAGCCCUCCGGACAUGUGUCAUAGCCUUGCGUAUGGGCAUUCCGCUCCCCCGACUUGAGAGCCCGCCGUCAUCUCCUCUCGGGCCACCCCACGCCGCUUCCGACACCCAACACCCAGAGCUCAACAACCCCCAACCAGCGCCCUCAGCGCCACCCACGGGCCGCGACGCCCAAACCCAAACCGACGACCUCCGCUUCAAAGAGUGGUUGGUUGAGAACUUUCGCAUCAUGCGAGUCCAUGGACUGGGCUACGAAACUCUGGAAAUCCAAGAUGUGCCCACCAGCAAGCAUGCCGUCGUUGUCGUAGGGGACAGCCCCCUUUCUACCCUCCAAGCCCGCCUCAAGGCUGAGUACGGACAGCCCCUAGGCGACGACCACGAUUACGACGGCGGCGACGGUCCUAUUUGGGGCGACGGGUCGCUUCCCAUUCGAGCAGCAGUCCCGAGUGCUCCGGAGGCAGACACGGAGCCUCACUCCUCUUCCUCCUCAAACUAG